AUGGCUCUACUUCUCGAACCUGCAACACUUGAAGACAUCCAAGCCAUUACGGAGCUAUGGUUCACUGUCUUCAAUGACCCAAUCAUGAGCCACAUGAUGCCCGACACACCAGGCGUACGUAACUGGUUCAGUGAGACAAACCGAACAGACAUGCUCUCCAAGCCGUUCCAGAAAUACAUAAAAGUGGUCGAUCCCAGCGUGCAAGUCGACGGCCGGCCCCGGGUAGUCGCCUACGCGAAAUGGGAUUUGGCCAUGCCCGAGGAGCGUGGGCCUCGUUUCGCCCCUUGGCACCCUGAGCAACCUGGUCCGGAUUGUGAUGCUUUCUUUGGGGGUAUGGAGGUGAAGCGCAAGCGCCUUUACGGUGAUCGGAAGAACUUCUACCUCGACAUGCUCUGUACUCAUCCUGAAUACCGUCGUCGUGGGGCGGGUUCUAUGCUUGUUCGUUGGGGGUGUGAGGUUGCGGAUAAAGAGGGGGCUGGAGCUUAUAUUGAUGCUUCCAAGGCCGGUGCUGCGUUGUAUGCUAAGCAGGGAUUUGUGGAUCGUAGUGAUCCUGCGAUUGAGAGUGAGAUUGUUCCGAUGACGAGGAAUUAG